UAAACGUUCAGAUAUUGCCUUUGUCUGAAGUUAGCGUUUUUAAGAAAUACAGUCAGGUCAUUAUCUAGAGCAUCUUCAUGCUUUUCUUUCUGUAACUGUGAGGACUGGUGUUUUCCUUCUUUUUUUCCAUUUAGGCUCCGUUUGAUAGGGCGUAAAACGUUUUUUCGGAAAACAGUUUUCCUCUAUUUUCAAUUUUACAUUGUUUGGUUGACAAAAGAGUAUAAAACCAUUUUUCCUUGGUAAAAUUACUCCCAAUGAUGGAAAACCAUUUUCCUUUCAAGAUGAAGGGAAAACUAUUUUCCUUAUCUCUCUUGUACACUCGUUUCACUACCUCCUUAAUUUUCCUUUCAUUUUCUUUCAUUUUUCUUACAUCAAACCAAACAACGAAAAACAAAUUUUAGAAUUGUGUUUUCCAUUGUAAAUUGUUUUCCAUGAAAAUCAUUUUACACUGAAAAUAUUUUACACACUGCCAAACGGAGCCUUAAUGUCCAUUAUGUUUUCUCAUGCUGGGGUCCUUGGUUGAGAAGAAAGCAGGCUUUUUACUUCUAAUUUUUUAUAUUCACAAUUAGUUGCUGAUUUUCAUUUUUUAUAUGUUUAUUGUUCCUGUGACUUUUAUUUACCAACAUUCAUGUUGUGAUUAUUGAACAUGUGGAUUAAUGUAAAGGCCAUGCUCAAGUUAUUGUUCGCAUGACAUGGAAAUUUUCUCUUAUAUUCCAUGCAUCAUGUGUGCAAGAUGAUAUUGCUUGCUGAUGGGUAGGAUAAAGUACUCAAAUGAAAGCUAAAUUAUCUAGUGCACAUGCCACAAUGGAAGUAAAUGAGGUCACUAUCUGAUACUAUAUGAAUAUGUUCUUUUUUGGGGGGGAUUCUUCUAGUUUCAUGUACGCCUAAAAUAUUGCUAAUGUGUUUGAAGUUGUAACUUGUACCCCUCUUUGACACGAAGGACAAAUAAAAUUUUAUUACUUUCAUAUAUGGUAGUAAAAGAAAAGGUCAUGUCGAAAAAUCUGAUGCCACGUGAAUUAGUCAAUGACCUCCUACUUGUUCAAGCUCGUGUAACAUUAUUGUCGUUAACUUAUAGAUUUAGAUAUCUAGCCUUUUCUAUGUGUAGUGAGCUUGCAUAAGGCCCCUAAUUUGUAUGAGCAAGAACAUAUUACUUGUAGGACGGCACCAAUCAAAGUAAUAAUAAAAAGGAAAUUACUUGAGAUGAAGAACAUACAUGAAAGAAAUUGUGUCAUUUCUAGGUUCUAUUAUUUCCCCUUGAGAUUAUUAUACUUUCCCACCUUUCACAAAGUGUCAAAGUGUGUAUGAUUCUAUGCUCAAUUCUCAUAAGUAGCACAUAAAAUGUGAAAGGAUCUUUGCUGUAUCUAAUCAUAUAUACCUUUAUUAAUCUUCUGAGACAAAAUAGCUUUUCAUUAAUCAGCUAAGUACCCAACUAAGAAAACAGGAGAAAACAAUUCAAAAGAAAAAGAGAAAAGCUUCACCCACAUCUUCCAAGUCUAAACUCCAUAACUUUACACAUUGCAUGCUGCUUUUUUCGUCGAUGAAAAACUAAAGCAAAGCAAAGCACCCAAAAAGAAAAGAGAACACAGACAAUAAGACCAUAAUAUGUUAAGUAUAUUUGUGAAGUGUAAAUUGAAAAAGCAGUUGCUUGAUCCCAGUAAAGCAAAUCCACUAUAAGUGUUUUAAAACAUCUAUACCUUUCCUGAUCCCUUCCCUCCUUAACUUUUUAAUUAACCCCACUCUCUUCUUUGCCUCUCUUUUUCUUAAUUCGUAAGCUUGUCUUCCUUCCUUUCACUCUGAUCCUUCUUCACCAAGAAAAUCCCCCUCAUUUGCUCUACUUAUUCCCGCGAAAUUCUUUACUUCUCCUUGCACUUUCCGGAGAACUCAGAGCGCGACAAGUGCUUCUCCGAUUUAAACAUUUCAUAACAUUGAGAAAGAUGAUGGUAGAUUGGGGACCGGUAGUGGUGGCAGUGGCGUUAUUUAUACUGUUGUCGCCAGGGCUUCUUUUUCAACUGCCUGCAAGAACAAGGAUAGUGGAGUUUGGAAAUAUGUACACCAGUGGUAUCUCUAUUUUGAUUCAUGCUGUUAUUUAUUUUUGUAUCCUGGUUAUCUUGACUAUUGCCAUAGGCAUACACAUACGUACUGGUCAAUAAUACUUGAGAUAAAAGCUCCUGGAAGUUUAAUUAUCAGCGGGCAACAGCUUUGAGUUUCUUUCUUUUUUGUAUUCUUGUCUCUUUUUCUCUCUUACCCAACUGUUAUUUCCUCUUUUUCAGCUACUUGAUACAGAGUUGUAAAGUUUUCUGCAUCUAAUGAGAAUAGUGAAACAUGGUUCUGAACU